GCUGCUGCAAAGGGUCGCGGUGCCGCCCGCCCGCCCGGCCCAGCAGCGCCCGCCCGGGCCCAUGGUGAAGCUCGCUGCCAAGUGCCUCCUGGCGGGAGAUCCAGCUGUGGGGAAGAGUGCCUUAGCCCAGAUGUUCCGCAAUGAUGGGGCUCAUUUUCAGAAGAACUACACACUGACAACGGGCAUAGAACUGUUGGUGAAGUCUGUAUCCGUUCCAGAGACAAGUGAUAGUGUGGAAUUCUUCAUUUUUGACUCUGCAGGAAAAGAUCUAUUUUCUGAAAUGCUGGAGAAACUGUGGGAGCAACCCAACGUCCUGUGCCUUGUGUAUGAUGUCACUAAUGAGCAAUCUUUCAACAACUGUGCCAAGUGGUUGGAGAAACUGAGGGCUCAAGCAGCUGGAGUGCACAUCCCAGGUGUCUUAGUGGGGAAUAAAACAGACCUGGUUGGUCGUCGAGUUGUGGAGCAGAAGCAAGCACAGGAGUGGGCUGAGAAACAGGGCCUGGAAUACUGUGAGGUGUCAGUGAAGGAGAUUAAAAAUUUUGAGGCCCCUUUCCACAUCCUGGCAAAGUCAUUCCACCAACUGUACAAAGAGAAAGUGGAAACUUUUCGCUCACUAGCUUGAUGGCCACGGCCGGGAUGACUUACUUAUCCUCUAAGCUGCUUCUAGUGCCCAGAAUCCUGCAGGAUGGAAUACAGAGAGAAGAAAAAAAAGAUGAGCUAUUUGCUUCUUCAUGGUCAUCUUCUGGUAAUUCAAAAUAAACUAGAAAUAAGCAAGUAGAAAGACACUCUUCUGAAGUUGCUACCUCAGCAUUCCUUUCAUGUCCUCUAACUUGGUUCUCUGCUCACUGAAAUUCUGCUAGGUUGCAGGAGGCGGGGAGUAAAAGGGGAGGGCAGAAUGGAAAUUGCCAGCUCUCUGCUUUGAUAUUGUCUUGUUUCUUGUCUGAACAGACUUCCUGCUGCUACAAGCAAGGAUUUAGAGGUUUGGAGAAGCAGAGAGGAGUCUGACAGGAUGUUUUUUAACUUAAGCAACCCAGUCUUGAUACAUACGCUGCAGGACAGGCCUGACUCGGCCCUGCCACUUGAAAAGCAUUUUCAGUAGGGGGCCUAUGCCCUAAAAUCAUCACAUGGAGAGUGAAAUGUGUGGGGACUGAGCUGUAUUUAGGUGUGUUUCUAGGAGUGCCCAGAGUUUGAGGCCUGUUUUAAGAGUGAUACCUUUAUCUGUUGUAGGACUGACACGCUGAUGACUAACGACGUGUUUCUGACUUUUACAAUCUGGUUCGUUUCUUCAGCGUGGCUCACUUUCACUGCCUGGUAGGAACUGUCUUGCAUCUGUACUGCUGUCACUUGGUGACGCAGUGCCCUCUGCCGGUCCCAGGUCACAAGAUUUCUCAAGAAGCUAUCUCUUGCAGCGAGCAGGACUUCCUACAAAUUGCCUUAUCUGUGAAACGGGGUCAGAUAGCAAGAAUACCUCUUUUAUUCUGAAGAUGAGUACAAAAUUUAAAAUAAAUUAUCUUUUCUUCUUCA